CAGCAGCACCUCCUCUAUGAAGUGAGAUCUUCUUCUCCGUCGCUUCCAGAACCAGCGCGUCAGAAACUCUCCUCCUUUCUCCCGGAGGUUCUGCUCCGGUUCUGCUCCGCGGUUCCGAUCACCUCCCGUCGUGACGGACUCAUCGCUCCUUCUGCAGCCGAACCGGGUUCGGUUCUCCGCCGGAUUUAGGAGACCCGGUUCUGGAUUGGUCCAAGUUCCUCCUGGACUUUCAGCAUGACGGCCACGAAGGAGCAGCAGAACCAGAACCAGAACCAGAACCAGAACCAGAACCAGAGACCGAACCAGCCGCAGCAGGAGGAGGACCUGGGCGGGGUGAGCCCCCCUCAGAGGAACUGGAAGGGGAUCGCCAUCGCCUUGCUGGUCAUCCUGGUGGUCUGCUCCAUGAUCACCAUGUCCGUCAUCCUCCUAACGCCAGCCGACAGCCAAGCUGGAAGCGACACCAAACUGACUGUGGAGGACUUGUUCAGAGCUGAGUUCCAGGUUCACGACCCGGAGGCCAAGUGGAUCAACGAUUCUGAGGUCAUCUACAGGAACAGCGACGGCCACGUCAUCAAGUUCAACAUCGUCACCAAUGAGACUGACAUAAUCGUGACAAACACUACCUUUGUAACUCCUUUAAAUGUCUCCUCUUGGUCUCUGUCUCUAACAUCUCCAUCUCUGUUCCUGCAGGUCUACCGUCACUCCUACAUGGCCUCCUACAGCAUCUACAACAUCCACACACGGGAGGUGUGGGAGCUGGAUCCUCCAGAGGUGGUGAAUUCAGUCCUGCAGUUUGCUGCCUGGGGAGUCACAGGCCAACAGCUGAUCUACAUCUUUGAAAACAACAUCUAUUAUCGAUCUCACGUGAAGAGCAACUCUCUGCGUCUGACGUCUUCAGGGAAGGAAGGAGUCAUCUUCAAUGGGAUCGCCGACUGGCUCUACGAAGAGGAGAUCCUGCAGACCCACGUGGCCCACUGGUGGUCCCCGGAUGGGGAGCGGUUGGCUUUCCUGGUCCUCAACGACACUUUGGUCCCAAACAUGGUUCUGGCCCGCUUUACUGGUGCAGCGUACCCCAAACAGAAGCAGUACCCCUACCCCAAGGCGGGCCAACCCAACCCAACCGUCAAGCUGUUGGUAGUGAAUAUCUACGGACCGACCCACACGUUGGAGCUGAUGCCGCCAGAGACGCUGAGGCUGCGGGAACAUUAUGUGACGAUGGUCAAAUGGAUCAGCAAGACCAGGACGGCGGUGAGGUGGCUGAACCGGGCCCAGAACGUCUCCAUCCUUACCGUGUGCGACACCACCACCGGAGCUUGCGUGACGAGACAUGAGGAAAGCUCCGAUCUCUGGCUCUCCAAACAGAACCAGGAGCCCGUGUUCUCCAAAGACGGUGAGCGCUUCUUCCUGACCGUCCCGGUCAAACAGGGAGGACGGGGAGAGUUCCACCACAUCGCCAUGUUCACCACACAGUUCAGAGCGGAUCAGAACGAGGUCCGACAUCUGACCUCCGGGAACUGGGAGGUGACCAGGAUCAUCGCCUACGACGAGAACACAGAGAACCUGUAUUUCCUGAGUACCGAGGGAUCACCACGGAGACGGCAGCUUUACAGCGUUAAAACUGUGGGUCUGUUCCCACGGAGAUGUCUGACCUGUGAGCUCAGCAAAGCUCACUGUCUGUACUUCCAUGCUGACAUCAGCCCCUGCAAGCAGCAUGUUCUGCUCCACUGUAAAGGUCCAGGGGCUCCGACUGUGAUCCUUCACAGCCUCAACAACUCAGAUUUCUACAUCCUGGAGAACAACUCUGUGCUUAAGGCCAUUCUGAAGUACAAAAGGAUCCAGCUGAUGGACUUCAGAUCCGUCCCGGUCGAGCAUUUUGAUCUACCUCUCCAGGUCGCCUAUCCUCCGGACUUCUCAGAGUCCCGUCACUACGGACUCCUGCUGAUGAUUGACGGCGCCCCCGGUGGUCAGUCUGUGAGUGACCGGUUCUCCCUGGGCUGGGACUCGGUGCUGGUCAGCUCCGACAGCGUCAUCGUGGCCCGUUUGGACGGCCGGGGCAGCGGCUUCCAGGGUCAGAGGAUCCUGCAUGAGGUCCACCAGAGGCUGGGGACCGUGGACGUCCAGGACCAGCUGGCUGCAGUGGAAUACAUGAUGAACUUUCCCUACAUCGAUCGGACCCGGAUAGCCGUGUUCGGAAAGGGUUACGGAGCCUACCUGGCGCUGAUGAUGCUGAAGUCCACAGACGGCCUGUUUAAAUGCGCCUGCGCCAUGUCGCCGGUAACGGACUGGAAGCUCUACGCGUCGGCGUUCUCCGAGCGGUACCUGGGCGUGCCGUUCCGGGACGACACCAGGUACCAGGGGUCCAGUUUGCUGCAGAACGUCCAGGCCCUCAGGGAGCAGACGCUGAUGCUGGUCCACGCCACAGCAGAUGCCAACAUCCACUUCCAGCACAGCGCUGAGCUGGUCAAGAACCUGGUGAAGGUUGGAGCCAACUACUCCAUGCAGAUCUACCCUGAUGAAGGUCACUUCCUGUCCCGGCAAAGCCGGCAGCACCUCUACGCCACGCUGAGCAGCUUCUACAGGGAAUGUCUGAAGGAGGAGCUUCUACCGCUGCCUGAGGAAGAGGAGGAGGAGGAGGAGUAGGCCUGCAGAUCUGAAGCCAGUAGAGUUUGGACCACGUCUUUAGUUGGAAACGGACGCAGUGACGGAGCUGCUGCGGCUCCUCCAGGGGAAGGAGCACCUCGUUGUAAAAAUAUGUUGAAGGACACCUCAGAGACACUGCUGGGGCAGCAGGAGUCCACUGCUGUCCAGCAUCUACCUAUCCUAGAUCUGAGACGCUCACGUUCUCAGCAAAGCACACAGAGAACUUCCUCAGUUUGUUCCAGGUUCUUCAGACUGCAGCAUCCACACCUUCUCCACGUUGCUCUCCUGAAGCUCAGGACCAACAUCUCACCAUCACAUCAGGUCACUGGCUGGAGGUCAGAGCUUCCUCCAGCUGACAGCACCACCCAACAGGAACAGGAACAUCUCAUCCUCCUGGAGGCUCCAGUAGAACGGUUCUGACCCGCUUAGAUCCAGUAAAGGGACAGUUCCCCUGCUUUCAUCUGGGUUCUGUGAGGCAUGAAAGUUUGUGGUGAGAAAUCAGGAAAGAACUCGAUUUAAACAGGAAGUGGAACUCCUGCCGAGACGUCAGGAGAUUCUACUGGUUUGGACCACUGGACCCAGAACCAAACGCCUCCGUUCUGUUGGACCCAGAAUGUUUGCUGAUGUGACAUAAAUAAAUGAUUUCUGGACGAUUCUUCAUGACGCAAAGUUUGAGUUUCAUUAUUUUAGAACUCGUUUCCUGAGCUUUUCACCUCAGAACCACAUGGUCCUACAGUCUGGUUCCAGAACCAAAGGUCCAGUUGGAUGGUGCACUUUAAAGACUCUCCUCGCACCAUCUGCCUCAUAGCAUUCCCUCAAACCGCGUCAUUGGGCACAAACAUGGAUCCUUCAGCUUUACCGCAAAUCAAACAUUAAGAAAAACAUUUCAACACUGGUGACUGAAAAAAAACAGAACCUCCCCCAGUGCCACCGCUGAGCGGUAGUGGCAGUACCGUCCACAACUGUGGCGAUGCCGUCCAGAGCAGUGGUGGUACC